AUGCCCCAGAAACGCAGACGACUGGAAGAGCCCGCCCAACCAGCAUUGGCUGAACAGUCGUCGUCGUUGCGUCGCACAACACGUCAAACGCCAGUCCUACCCCCGCUGCCUCCGACCUCCGCGGCCGUGGCCAAGGUGGCUCAGGCUCCUGCUGUGGCGGACCCAACGGCGAUGGCGACCACGACUGUGACGGCAACUGCAACUGCAACUACGACUGGAGCAAAUGGGCCUGGAUCUGCUGUGUCUGGAAGGCCACAGCUCCAACCAACAGGCCCGGCCACAACUGCCUCGACCGCGACCGCGACCACGGUCUCAAACCCGAUCGCGAAUUUGCAGACACCCGUCCCAAUACCCACGCCUCUAGGUUCAGGUCAUCAGCAGCCAAAUCGGAGCCGUGAACGACCGCAGUCUACCAUCCCGCCGCCUCCAAUCCCGCCUACUUAUUCUCCGCCCGUUAAAACACCAGUGCCUGUUCCCGUCGUCACUCCCAUCUCCCCUCCAUCUAUUCCCCGGCCUCCGCUACCCUCUCUUAGAUCGAAUCCUCCUGCAGGACGGAGCAUGUCGGGCAUCUCCAUUAAAGAUAAUGCCCGCCCUUCAGAUUUAGUCGCACCGGAGAUAUCAUAUCAUGUGCCUCAGCUAGCUGUACCGGGACGGGUGCAGUCGUCGUUGUUGAGACCUCACGGCCCUUCUGCGCUGCCUCCUCGCCUGGAUAGACGACCAGCGCCACCUGUUGUCACGCCUGUUCUGCCACCUAAGCCGCCCACCCUGCCCGUGAACGACCGCGGUCCACCCCGAGCAGACCGCAACAUCGAUAAGGUCGUGUUGGGGGACCUUUGUUUCCGUACUUGGUAUCCCAGCUACUACGGAAAGGAAGUCUUGGGUGACACGUCUGGCAAUUCCAGAAACGGCGGUGGUAGCAAGGACGGGAGCAACGAGGCGAGCGGUAAGGCCUCCAGGAAGGAUAAAGAUAAUCAGCCGCUGCUAGAGAGGCUAUACGUCUGUCCUAGCUGCUUCAAAUACGCAAAGGAGCUGGUGGCGUGGCGUGAACAUGUACGGGUUUGUGAACGAAAGGCCUUUAUUCCAGGCAAGAAGAUCUACAGGCAUCCUCGCGGGCGAAGAAAAGUUUUAGUUGCCUUGGAAGGCAAGGGUCCUGUCCCCAAGCGACGGCGUGGUGAUAGCGGUAUACGGUACACGGAAGAGAUAGUUCAGGAUGAGGGGGAAUGGAGCAUUUGGGAGGUUGAUGGCGAGAAACACGGUCUCUUUUGCCAGAAUUUGUCCUUGUUUGCGAAGUUGUUCCUGGAUAACAAGUCGGUAUUCUUCGACGUUACCGGCUUCAACUACUUUCUGCUCCUCUAUACACCGCCCGCUAGGCCAAUCGCUCCCGAAACCGAACCCAUACAGACUCGCCCACCCCAAGUAUGUGGCUUCUUUUCAAAGGAGAAGAUGUCAUGGGACAGCAAUAAUUUAGCCUGCAUCUUAGUCUUCCCGCCCUGGCAACGCAAGGGACUUGGGGCGUUGUUGAUGGGAGCAUCGUACGAAAUUUCGAGACGAGAAGGUAUACUUGGUGGUCCAGAAAAGCCCAUUUCUGACCUGGGCAAAAAGGGGUACAAAAGAUUUUGGUCGGGCGAGAUUGCCCGGUGGUUGUUGAGCCUAGAAAACACGGUGUCGCAGCCGCAGCCACCUCAAGUAGCUGGCGCUCCAGUGAUGACUCAGGAGUUGAUUGUAGACGUCAAUGACUGCAGUCGUGGCACGUGGAUAGCUGUUGAGGACUGUUUGGGUGUUCUACGUGACAUGGGCGUGCUUGAAGAUGCGGGGAUGGGAUACGGCAAGCCGGAGAAGAAGGCAGACGCCGCAGAGGAGGACGAAUCUCGAGAGCCGCCAGAGGGUGGUGAUGGCGCGGCUCAUAAGCCACAGGAUCUGGUGUCAAGGUCGGCGGAAGAGAAAAGGUCUCUGGCUGUCAAGGUCGUGCCCCGAGUGCGAAUAGACAAGGAAGCCGUGAGGCGGUAUGUGGCAACGCAUCGUAUCAGUCUCGAGCGGACGUGCGAUCCGGACGGGUUCGUGCAGGGGUAUGCAAUGAAGGUGGACAGCAGCGGGAAUGACGGUGAGAAGACAGGAGUUGAGACAGCGUAA